AUGUCUAAAAGGAGGAUUUUGGGCAAGUCGGAUGGUUUGCCAGGAACACCGAGACCUGCAACUUUUUUAGCGCAGAAUGGUCAAGCCAAAUCUCAAAGUGACAACUUCAUCUGUCCAAUGUGUAAUUUGCCGAUGAAAUCGCUCACCCAAUUGAACCACCAUGUCGACUCAAUACACUUGAAUAUUCCAACGCAUAAUGAACCGUUGGAUAGUGAAAUUGGAAAAAGCUUAGAGAGAAGAACCACGUCAUCGAGUCCGCCGGGAAGCACAAUAUCAAUUACUAGUUCGGGUCAAAAACAGCAUAAACGAGUUGACAGUAAGGGAACAACCUCAUCACGCUCUACUACCAUAUCUAGGGGUCCUCUUCGUCUUCCAACCGGGCACUUUGUUCGGCCCUCCAAUGGAAUGAAAUGCUCAGAUCCCAGAUGUCACCAUAAGAUUGGAUUGAAACAUGGCACUAUAAAUUGCUCCAAAUGUGGAAGGAUAUACUGCUCGGAACACUGUCAUAUACCAUUGAAGCUAAAUGCAAAUCUAGAAGUUGUUGAUAGCAAUUCUCUGGAAGGUAUAUGGUCUAAAUGCUGUUUGCAAUGUUUGAAUGAUUAUGAUGGAUGGAGUGGCGUUAUUGGUAACGUCCCUCUCGUUGACAAGACUAACGAUUUCAUUCGUAUGAGGAAAACAAAAAUAGAGGACGAAUCACUUCGAAACUUGGUACUUGAGAAAAGGGUCGAGAAGGUCUUCAGUUGGAUUGUCAAUACAUUCAACAGUUCCGGGAAGUUUUCUGAAACCGAAUUGAGGGUUUUUGAAGCCCAAUUGGCAGAUUGGCAAGAUGGGCACUCGGUAUCAGAAUGUCCUAUUUGCCACACAGCUUUCGGGUUUUUCAUCAGGAAACAUCAUUGUCGAAUAUGCGGAGAUAUAGUUUGCGGAGACCUAAGAAAAGGAUGCUCAAUGGUUGUUCCGUUGGGAAUAAUAUUCGAUCUGAUGAAACCAGACGAAAACUUGAACUCGAAAAAUCAAGAGAUUGAAUACGAAAAGAUAGAGCAUUUCUUGAAAAAAGAUAUGUUUGGAGUACGAGUUUGCUCUAAUUGCAAACGAAGGGUAUUCAACAAAAAAGUUUUUGAGGUCGACAAGCUUAAAUCUGAGAAUGGCGAUUUCAUGCGUUCUUAUAAAAUGUGGAAAAUGAUCUCAAAGAAGAUUCAAACAGAAAAUAUGACGGAUAUAAAAAAUGAUGAAGAAAAUGCAAUGCUUGUGAGGCUUUUCACCAGACUAGAUAAACUUGCGAAACAAAUCCAGAAAAUCAAAUCAGAAAGUCAGCUAUCAAUCGAUGAGCUAAAAAUGUACAAUACUUUGGAAUCUGCAAUUGUAAACUAUGUACAGGCCAAGCUGCCAAUCUUGAGGAAGGCUCAAGAAGAAAAGUUGACUCGUGAGAGGGAAGUUUUACAAGAGUUGAUUGAUGGGAAACCUAAGUUGAGUAUGCGUGAUUUACGUGAAAAGCGUGAAAAGUUGAUGGUACUUAAUGAGCAGAAAUAUGUGGUGGAGAGUAUGUAUCAAGAUUUCAAGAAACAGCGUAGGUUCGAUGACUUGAAGGCACUUGAUUCAAACUUAGAAGAUAUAGAAAGGGAAAUUCAACAGCUUACGGAGGAAUUGGGCGAUGAUGCGUUUCAUUAA